UCCCAGCGCAACGCAACCCAACCAACGCGGUGGAGAUAUUUGAUAUCCCAGAGUCGGCCUCUUGUGUAUCACAGAGAGAGAGAGAGAGAGGUAAUGGCGUUGAAUCCUCAGCUGUUACCUAACGGCAUGCCGGUUCCUUUCGUCAACGAGAUGUUCGUCUUGAUCAGAGACGGCGUCGAGUUCGAAGUCGAUAAGAUUCCCGGAUCCGAUGGAGGUCGUGUUAAAGCAAAGGGAACAAUUUACUUGUCAAAUAUCCGCAUGGUCUUUGUUUCCAAGAAGCCUGAUGGUCAUUUCACUGCUUUUGACAUGCCCCUGCUUUAUGUCCAUGGAGAGAAAUUUAACCAACCGGUCUUUUUCUGCAACAAUAUAGCUGGUCAGGUGGAGCCUGUGGUUCCAGAAAACCAGCCCGCGGCUCUUUAUUCUGUCCACUCAUUCAAGAUUUUGUUCAAAGACGGGGGCUGUGGGACUUUUGUUCCUCUGUUUUUCAACUUACUCUCAUCUGUGAGGCGAUAUAAUCAACAAUUUCAACAAGCCAAUGCCCCACAGGCUCAUGUGGAUCCUCUACAAGCAGCACAAACUCCAGUUGAUGAGAUGAUGAGACAUGCGUAUGUUGAUCCUAAUGAUCCAACGAGAAUCUUCUUGCAGCAGCCUACUCCAGAGUCUCAGCUGAGGCGGCGUACAUACCAGCCACAAGCUGCCAAUCAGUAGAUGUGAAUUGAAUAGUGAAUAAAAGUACAUGGUUUGAGAAACACAUAGAAGUGUGCUGUGUAUUUGGAUUUAUAUAUGAUAGAUACUUGAUAAUGCCAAGAAUGUUUCUACUUGUAUAUUAAGUAUUAACUGAGAUAUUUUCGAUAAAAGUGUUGAAAGUUUAGUAUGGAUGGAUUUACAUUGGGAAUGUUUCUGCCCAAGUUUGCA